UUCUAGCACUCCGAUAGUGGAAUAUUAGUUAGUGGAUUUGAUAUUAACAUCUUAAUACGAUGCUGCAUUGCAAAGCAUGGAAGUGUCUGACUUGGCUGGUGUGUUUUGUCUUACUGGAAACAGACUUUUCCGUCGGCAAACCUUGGUCAUCAGAUGGCCUCCGCUGCCCAAAUGGAAUGUAUUUGAACGCUAGCAACGCUUGCGUGAAUUGUGACUGUAACCUUCACGGAACACAGUAUUACUCCAACGAAUUGCCAGCACCAUCGUGUAAAGCGAUCACAGGACAGUGUCAAUGCGGUCCCAAUGUCCUGGGACGCACUUGCGAUCGCUGCAAACCGGGAACGUACGACUUGAAUGCGCACGGUUGUACGGAUUGUUGGUGCGUUACAGAGGGCGCUGGCAGCGGUAUUUGCAAUGAAGUGACCGGCUACUGCAAAUGCAAGAACGACAACAUUGCUGGUCAAUACUGCGAUGCAUGUCGCGUUGGCUUCUGUAAUUAUCCGGUGUGUGAACCGUGUGAGAAUGUCAUCGGCCCGGCGAUUUCUAAGAUUCCCACCACCAUCGUCAACGCAACACUGGACAUUCUGCGUGCUUUUUCGUUCUACAUUAGACCGUAUUGACGUGGUGCAACUGGUUUAGCCUGUGAACUGUCUAUACGUCUGUGGAACGAGCAUUCAUCGUGUUUUGCACUUUUACUCCAUUAGUAUUACGUACACUGAGUUUUUAAUCUGCUUUUUUUUAGUUGGGCAAACUUUUCGCUUGAAACAGACUUCUUUGUGGCGGUGCACAUUAAGAAGUGUCCGUUUCAAUAUUAAGUCAUUUUGAUAAAUCACUUCAAAUACGGGGAUUCUUUCAAUAAUACAAUGAA